AGCCACAAGCUGAGCUAUUAGAAAGCUGACUCAUCCCACUCAUGGAUGAAUGAAGCAGAGACAAGCUUGACUGUCCAAUUGGCCAAAGUGCCCCCAAGGUAGAAGUAAUGAUCAUGUCAAAUAGGGGUUCAUCCCUAGGAGCAAUAAUACUUGAAUUUCCCCAUGUCCUAGAUUUGCCCCAUCAUUCAUUGAAUCUAUAUCCACAUGUCUUGUGUGUAAGUCCACUUCAACAUCAUAUCUUGUGCUUCAACAAUUGCUAUAUGGAUUCACACAUUGUCGAUUUCCAAUCCUUAAAGAGCCUCGGAUGAAGCAAAAUAUCUUUGAACGCAUUGAGAUUUCCAUUGCACUCAAAGGGCUGUAGAAAAGACACUUAUAAGCAGUUCAACAUGCAUUACAAUGAUGGCCAUUCAUUACAAAGCAAAAACCUAGUACAUCAUAUUAAGUACAUCAACAUGGUAGCAUUCAAAUCCCUAGUAAAAUCUGACUCUUAGAUCUUUCAUAGUACAAUUGUCGAAUGAGUAGUUCCAUUUUUCUCCUUGAUUGUUGGAGCCAUAUAAAGUGUGAUGUGCUUGAUCUUUUGAUCUUGAGGCUGCUCUUGGCUCUUGUCCUUCUAAGUUUGCCCCCUGGAUUUGGCAAUUGUCCAUGAUGGAGAAAAAUGCUUGCAGUUAAAGAUCUCCUCAAUCCUCUGUUGGUCAAAGCUUUCUCCACGGAUGAAUAUUUCAACAGGUGUCUUGAUUGACGAAGAAUCGUGCUUGACCAUGUAUGAAUCCAUAUUUCAAUUGUUGAAGGCAGAGAAUCAAGCAAGAUUAUGGGAAUGCAAGAAAAGAAAUAAACAUGGAUGGGAAAUGAGUGAUAAAGGAUGCAAGAAUAUAAAUAUGCUGACAAGUGGUAAGGUGUGUGAAAUUGUAUCCUAAAACAUGAAUUUUCUUCAUUAAGUAUGCCAAGCAAAUUUCAAAGGAGAAGCUGGUGAGUUGUUGCUACCCAUUAAAUUGGCAUUCAUAGGAAAUAUCAUUCUUUUGAAAAGAAAGCAAAUGCCAUGAAGCUUGAAGAAAAAAAAAAAUGAAUGGUGUGAUACUUGGAGAAAAUGGAUGAUGUGAUGCUCCAAAAUCAUGUGCUCAAAUUAUUUUAAUGCUUAAAAGAUGGAUCUUUCAUGAAUUUAUCUUUGAAGAACCUCUAUUUCUUUUUUUUCUUUUUUCUUUCCCUUUUUUUUUUCAAAAAUGUGAAAUGCUUUGGAUUUAGUUGAAUAAAGCCCACAAGUUUGAAACAUGCAACAAAAUGCAAGAUAAUGAGAACUUCUUCGAAUGAGAGCUUGUACAUUUUUUUUUUUUUUGAAAAUCAUGACUUAAAGGACUUGAUUGAAGAACAAGAAAAUAUGAGGAUCAAAUUUGAUUUUAUUCUAAACAUGAAAUGAGCAUGAAAUGAAUGUAAAUUUGACAUGGGAUGGAAAAUGUGAUGUAAGGUUGAAUAUGAGUUGCAAUGAAAAAUGAGAUUGAAA